UGACGCGGUGAUCACGUGACUGCGAGCCGAGGCGCAGCCUAGCUCCCGCAGCCCUACGGAAGGGCCUGUCGCGUCCGCACACAGCUAGAGUCGACUAUGCUCUCCCGCCUGCUCAAAGAACAUCAGGCCAAGCAGAAUGAACGCAAGGAGCUGCAGGAGAAGAGGAGGCGAGAGGCCAUCACUGCGGCGACCUGCCUGACCGAAGCAUUGGUGGAUCACCUCAAUGUGGGUGUGGCCCAGGCAUACAUGAACCAGAGAAAGCUGGACCAUGAGGUGAAGACACUGCAGGUCCAGGCUGCCCAGUUUGCCAAGCAAACAGGCCAGUGGAUUGGAAUGGUAGAGAACUUCAACCAGGCACUCAAGGAAAUUGGGGAUGUGGAGAACUGGGCCCGAAGCAUCGAGCUGGACAUGCGCACCAUCGCCACUGCCCUGGAGUAUGUCUACAAAGGGCAGCUGCAGUCGGCCCCAUCCUAGCCUAGAGCCCAUCCCUCCCACCUCACCCUCCUGGCCGGGAGGGAGCUGGUGGGCCAUGAAUAAAGACACGAGCUUCCA